AUGACGAUCACAAUCACCGUUGAGAAGGAUGGCUACUACGAGGUUAAUGGCACCAAAUAUGAACCUUCAGUCUCCCUCCAUGUGAUUUCGGGAGCUGCCAAGUUACGGAGGAUGCUUCAGGAUACCAAGGAUAUGAUCGUGUGUCCUGGUGUCUAUGAUGGCCUUUCUGCUCGCAUUGCCAUGGAGCUAGGCUUCAAGGGAAUGUACAUGACCGGAGCAGGAACUACCGCAUCGCGAUUGGGAAUGGCCGAUCUCGGACUCGCUCAACUUCACGAUAUGAAGACUAACGCCGAAAUGAUUGCCAAUCUCGAUCCAUUCGGUCCCCCUCUAAUUGCAGACAUGGAUACAGGCUACGGAGGUCCAUUGAUGGUAUCCAAGUCCGUCCAGCAGUAUAUCCAAGCAGGUGUGGCAGGCUUCCACAUUGAGGAUCAGAUCUCCAACAAGCGCUGUGGUCACCUUGCCGGCAAGCGAGUGGUUUCCCGGGAUGAGUACGAGUCAAGAAUCAAAGCCGCCAAGCUCACAAAGGAUAAGCUGCAUUCGGAUAUUGUUCUCAUUGCGCGAACCGACGCCCUCCAACAACACGGAUACGACGAGUGUAUUGCUCGUCUAAAGGCAGCCCGUGAUAUCGGCGCUGAUGUCGGUCUGCUUGAAGGGUUUACGACGAUUGAUCAAAUGCGGCAAGCAGUUGAGGAUCUCGCUCCGUGGCCCCUGCUCCUGAAUAUGGUGGAAAAUGGAGUGUCUCCCGUUAUAACGACCAAACAAGCGGAGGAGAUCGGCUUCCGCAUCAUGAUCUUCUCUUUUGCGUCGGUUAUUCCAGCCUACGUCGGAAUCAGGGCUGCAAUGUUGCGCCUCAAGACGGAAGGGGUUGUCGGGACCCAAGAAGGGCUUGGACCGCGGAAGCUGUUCGAAGUGUGUGGAUUGAUGGACUCUAUGAAGCUGGAUACUGAGGCAGGAGGCGAUGGAUUUGAAGACGGCGUGUAA